GGGACGCGGGCUGCGCAUGCGUCCUCAUUGCGUCAGCCACCGGGUCCGCGCCGGCUGCAGGAACGGGGGUCGGACCCUGUUAGGUAGGGUGCUUCUCGGGCCUCCCCGUCGCGGCGCGCCCCGAGGCUAAGCAAGGUGGGACUGGAGUGCUUCCCUCGGCCGCUUGAGUCGGAGCUAGUCCUUCCUCCCCACCCCGGCCACGCAGCGCCGGUGGGAACCCCGUAGCCAGGCCCCGCCCCCUUCCCGGCGGGGACUCCGGGUCCCCUCCCCGCCCCUGCCGGCGGGGACCCCGCCGUUCCUGCGGUCCGGCCCCGCGCACCGGAGCGGACCAUGAAGCUCGUGAGGAAAGACAUCGAGAAAGACAACGCGGGCCAGGUGACCCUGGUGCCCGAGGAGCCCGAGGACAUGUGGCACACCUACAACCUGGUGCAGGUGGGCGACAGCCUGCGCGCCUCCACCAUCCGCAAGGUGCAGACCGAGUCGUCCACGGGCAGCGUGGGCAGCAACCGCGUGCGCACCACGCUCACCCUCUGCGUGGAGGCCAUCGACUUCGACUCGCAGGCCUGCCAGCUGCGCGUGAAGGGCACCAACAUCCAGGAGAACGAGUACGUGAAGAUGGGCGCGUACCACACCAUCGAGCUGGAGCCCAACCGCCAGUUCACGCUGGCCAAGAAGCAGUGGGACAGCGUGGUGCUGGAGCGCAUCGAGCAGGCCUGCGACCCGGCCUGGAGCGCCGACGUGGCGGCCGUGGUCAUGCAGGAGGGCCUGGCGCACGUCUGCCUGGUCACGCCCAGCAUGACCCUCACGCGGGCCAAGGUGGAGGUGAACAUCCCCCGGAAGCGCAAGGGCAACUGCGCCCAGCACGACCGGGCCCUGGAGCGCUUCUACGAGCAGGUGGUCCAGGCCAUCCAGCGCCACAUCAACUUCGAUGUCGUCAAGUGCAUCCUGGUGGCCAGCCCGGGCUUCGUGCGGGAGCAGUUCUGCGACUACAUGUUCCAGCAAGCUGUGAAGACGGACAACAAAGUGCUCCUGGAGAACCGGUCCAAGUUCCUGCAGGUGCAUGCCUCCUCUGGACACAAGUACGCCCUCAAAGAAGCCCUCUGCGACCCUGCGGUGGCCAGCCGCCUUUCAGACACGAAGGCUGCCGGCGAGGUGAAGGCCCUGGACGACUUCUAUAAAAUGUUACAGCACGAGCCCGACCGAGCCUUUUACGGACUCAAGCAGGUGGAGAGGGCCAACGAGGCCCUGGCCAUCGACACGCUGCUGGUCAGCGACGAGCUCUUCAGGCACCAGGACGUGGCCACGCGCAGCCGCUACGUGCGGCUGGUGGACAGCGUGAAGGAGAACGCGGGCACGGUCCGGGUGUUCUCCAGCCUGCACGUCUCCGGGGAGCAGCUCAGCCAGCUGACCGGGGUGGCCGCCAUCCUCCGCUUCCCUGUGCCGGAGCUGUCCGACCAGGAGGAGGAUUCCAGUUCCGAGGAAGACUGAUGGUUGGGACCGUCCGCGAGACAGCCCCAAGCCUCCUUAAGGAUGCGCUUUCUCAGCAUCCUCGUGACGGAGGCCGCCUGGGCAGCGCUGUGACUGUCACAGGGACCGGUCACACCGGGUGUCCUGUGGCUGGCAGGACAUGUAUUUAAAGCUAAAUAAAUUAAAAGGAAGUAA